AUGGCCAACUCCAAAAGAUUGUUUGGAGUCGUAAGGAGGAAACUUCUCAGUCGAUCUCCCAGCAGUAUCACCACCAUUCGCUCGUCUAUCCCAGAAACUACUAAAGAACACAUUGCCGCCAUUAAAAUCCAAGCUUAUUUCAGAGGUCACCUGGCAAGGAGAGCGUUUAGAGCGUUGAGGAGUCUUGUGAAGCUUCAGGCGGUGGCGAGAGGAGUGCUUGUGAGGAGACAAGCUCGAAUAGCAUUACAUUGUAUGCAUGCUCUUGCUCGCUUGCAGAUUGCUAAAGGGAUAUGGCGCCAGCUUAUGUUUUCAAAGGAAGAAAACAUAAGAGAAGACGAGUAUGUGAAUGUACUUGAACACCAACAGAAACAAAAGUUCUUGGAAUGGAUGAAGAAUCAAUCAGAACUUGCUGGAAAUGUAGCGUGCUCUUCUAUAUGUUGUUUUGUUUGGCAUACUAUGUCUAAAACGUGGAAACCAAAAUAUGAUAACAAAGACGAGUGUUCUCUGUUGAUCCAAUUUAUUUAAAGAAAAUUUGUUCAAUUUUUAUUUUGUUUAUUAAUUUUACUAUCCAGUUUUCGAAAGAAACCAAAAUACGCUUCUUUCGACGACAGAGUCAAUGAUGAAAUGUGAUUGUGUAUGUCUAUAUCAUACUAAUUUGUUUUAAACUGUUGAUGGAUUGCCAAGUAUUUGAUGAUAAGGUCAUACAUAAAGACAAUAGAAACACCGUUAAUUCUUAUGAUAACUCAAUUUAACCGGUAUGCCAAAGUUUAAAUAUCUUAGAAACACUGUGGAAAGAAAACACUGAACCAUGGAAUUUAUUUUCUAUAGGGGAUUUGUAUUGCGAAAUUAAAACAAAAUACUAUAAUAUUGUCACAUGUAUCGUAGUUAUUCGAUAACAUAUGGUUUGUUAUACUUACUUUGUAAGUAUAUGUCGUGGCAUACAUUAAACUUAGUAUGCAAUAUUUAAAUAUAAUAUAACUUUGACUUUGGCAACAAGUUUUAAAUCAGUAAUGGUAUUGCCAAAAAUAAAGAAGUAUCUUUUAAUGAUCGAUUGGCCAUCACGUUUAUCCUAUAUUUUUGAGACUUAGUUUAGGAACGAAAUUUGCAAUCAUUAAUGCUAUAAAACCAUAUAAAGGAAAUAAUAAUAUUUAACUUUACGUACCCAUUAAAUAUUUGUGUGGCCAUCACGUUUGCUUCGACACCAAGGUUUCAUCGAUGUUAAUGUGAUAUAUGAGAUAAGGAAAACAAAAUAUGUAGUUUCCUGUGACCCUUUGAUGUUAAUGUGAUCUCUACUGUUUGUUAAAAAAAAUUGUCCUUUUUUUAACAGGAUUCCACCAAAUGCUUAUUGAUGUCUUGCAACAAGCAUUCGAAGGGAUAAUGAGGAGGACGUUUGGUGUUACAUUUUAUCGUUUUCAGUUUUUUUCUUUCAGUUUUUGAUUUUGCUUUAUAAUGUUCCUGGGUUUUAUAACAUAAGAUAAAUUUAUUUUGAUCUCUAUUUUUACAAUGCUAAAUGAUAGUUAAUUUUUCACAAGUGCGUCCUUUACUGGGUCGUAUAAUUAAUUAUCUCACUAUUGUGUCAAUACAGUUGAU